UGGAAAAGCCAGCGGGCUACAAUUCUUGAACAUUCGUCUCCUCUCUCUUCUUCUUACAACAUCUACUUCACAUUCUUACAAGCUCUGCACAUCAAUCUCACCCCUUGAUUCGCCCCACCAAUUCUCAACCGUCGGAUAUGAUUUACUUACUCUUCUCCCUGAUACUAGCUGAAAUGGGUCUGAUCAUAAUGUUCGUCUUCAAAACCCCAUUGAGAAAGCUGGUGAUAAUGGGUUUGGAUCGGGUCAAAAUGGGUCAGGGUCCGAUUGUGGUGAAAACAGUUGGAGCCACUAUAUUCAUAGUAAUGUUGUCAAGUGUUAGUAAUGUUGUGAGUAUACAAAAGCGGAGGAUUCAAGAUGGUGAAUAUGUUAAUCCAACGGAUCAGGUUCUUUCUGCUAGAAGCCUUCUUGAAGCCUCUCUCAUGGGUUUCUCCCUAUUCCUUGCUUUGAUGAUCGACAGAUUGCAUUACUAUAUCAGGGAGCUCCGUAUUCGAAGAAAGGGCAUGGAAGUUAUAAAAAAACAAAAUCGAGUAUUUGAGGAUGUUAAAGCUGGAGAGGAAAGGAAAGCCUUGGAAGAUGAGGCUGUCAUGCUUAGGGAAAAGUUCAAGAAACUGCAAUCAGAACUGGAGGCCAAGACCAAAGAAGCUAAAAAUGCAGAAUCCAAUGCUAUUGCCAUGAGAAAGCAGUCCGAGGGAUUUCUUCUUGAGUACGAUCGUUUACUUGAGGACAACCAGAACCUUAGAAACCAAUUGCAAUCAGCGGACCGGAGACUGUCUCAUUCUGGUAUCAAGAAGGUCAUGUAAGAUUUAUGCUAUGUAUUGGCUCACUUUUCUUCAUGUCCUUGUCAAGGGUACACUGACUAAAUGGUAGAGAGUUUCUUGCUUGUCGUUGAAUAGGCAACCUGUUAUAAACAAAACUAAGAAAGUAUAGCGAUACUUUGGGGUAGCUAACAUUUUGUUAUAUUUUAUGAAUGGAGCCAAAUGCUGAAGUUUCUGGAUGAAGCAACUUUGAUAUCUGAUAUCUAAACAAGUCAGUAUUUUGUUGAGA